CGUUGCUAGGGCGCCAUGUUGGGGAUGGCAACGGGGCGCCCCGGAAGCGCUUCUCGGAGAGGCGGGGCGGAUACUUCCGGGGCGGGGCGGCAGCUCGGCCGGGGAGUCUCCUCCGUGAGGGAGGCUGGAAAUGGCGGCUGGGCGGGGGGAGGCGACCGCGGCGGCCUCGUCGUCCCAGUCCCAGAGAAGGAAGCAGCAGCAGCAGCAGCAGCAGCAGGCCGAGGCCGCCACCCUGCCCCCGCCGCCGCCAGGGCCCCCCAGCCGCGCCGCGCCGGGCCCGGGCCGAAGAGACUAGGCCCGCCGCCAGCAGCAGCAGCAGGGAGGUCGCCGCCGCCGCCGCCGUGUGAGGCUCCCCGGCCGGCCGAGGCCCACCGCCCGCGCCCCAAGCACAUGCGAGUGUUGGAAGCUAAAGCUACCAAAGAAGCUGAAAGAAAAUUUAGCAGGGAAUUAGUGCAAGAAGAGGAAGAACAGUUGAUGGAAGAAAGGAAAAAGAAGAAAGACGACAAGAAGAAGAAAGACGGUGCUCAGAAGAAGGCCACUGAACAAAAAAGCAAAGUGCCAGAACCAGCCAAGCCCAGCACCAGCCAGCCCCUCUCUGCCGCCUCCACUACCGGUCCUUCCCCAGCAGCCAGCGGCGGCGGUAAUAAUGCCAAGCGGGCUGCAGGCAGCCAUCAGCAGCCGCCAGCUCAGCAGCCGCAGCCCUCGCCUCGCUACCCGCCCCGCGAGGUCCCGCCCCGUUUCCGGCACCAGGAGCAGAAGCAACUCUUGAGACGAGGGCAGCCGCUGCCAGGGAUCAUUGCCAACCUGGGGCCAGCGUCCAAGCUGCUGAACGGCCAGGCCGGAGGGAGCGCUGGGGCGAGCGACCCGCCCGUGGCUGGGGGAGAAGGGCAGAGCAGCAGCAGCAGCAGCAGAAAGCAAGCAGGCAUGCCACCCAUUCGGGACUUGGUCAGCCACUCCCCUAACCAGUCAGAUCUGAACCACAGCACACUAGGAUCCCAUUAUGAGAACUCGCACUGGGGAACAGUUUCUUCCAGUAGUGACUCGAGCACAAACUGGGACAAAGUCAUUGUAGACGGCUUGGACAAGGAGGCCUGGCCCGUGGCCACAGGCAGUGACUCGGAGCUGGCUUCAGAAUGUCUGGACAGUGACUCUGCCUCGAGUUCCGGGUCAGAGAGGAACCUGACGAUCAUGACGUCCGGGGGCCCCGGUGGUGAAAUCGGCAGCCUGCGGAACGGCCAGGUUCCUCAGACCAAGUUUGGCAACAGUAGCAACAGCAAUAACGUGGGCACCGGAAGCAUUGCCCGGCCAUGGAGCCUGUCCCUUAGCACCAUGAUGAGCACAUGUACGACUUCUCCAGAUGCUUCUAGCAGCAUCUCUGAAAGUAGCAACAACAGGCCGAAUGCCUGGGGCUCCCUCAGUUCUUCUUCCCACGGAGGAUUAAAUCCCAGCACUUUGAAUUCCAACAGCAACCACGGUGCCUGGCCUGUCUUGGAGAGCAACGGGCUUGCCCUGAAAGGGCCCGGAGGCGGCGGGGCCAGUGGCACAGGGGUCGGCCAGCUGGCGCACAAUCAGAGCCUGGGCAGCUCCUGGGGCAGCCUCCAGGAAAACUGUGAUUCUCAAGCAAACGGUACAAGGAAGGUUUCGCGGCGUGGGCAACCUCAGAACCUUAAUCCCGAAGUGAAUGGACCAAAUAAUAACACUACGAACUCUAUGCCUUCUAGUUUACCAAACCCUGCUGGUCCGAUGCAGGCGACUGAACCGGCGAGCAGUCACCCCCCGGGGCCCGGGGCCUGGGCCGGCGGGAGUGCCAAGAGCGGCCGCCCGCAGCUCCCGGCUGCUCCGGCCCCCAGUGGCCCCUCCGCUGCUCACCUGAGCAAUGGGGAAGCCAAAGCCGGCAGAGCGCGGGGCGCCGUGUGGAGUGCCUGCAGCUCCGACUUCUCCGGGGACCAGUGUUCAGACCCAAACAGCCAAGCCAACAGUGACACUGUGAAUGCAACGCUAAUGCAGCCUGGACUCGGCGGGGGGAGCAGCAGCAGCGGCAGCGGCAGCAUGAACUUUGAGAUCAACGGGAACAAAGGAGCAGGGGCCUGGGAGGUGGCGGCGGGGGGCCCUGCCCAGAGCACACAGUGGGCGGGGGGCCCCGAGUCAGGCCCUGGAGGAGGUCGGAGAGGCUGGGGCAGUGCUGUCCCCGGCAGCAACCCGGCCGACGGAGAGUGGAGCAAGCUGCCAAGCAACCCGCCCCCCUCUGGGGGCACGAACGGGAAUGUCAAGAAGUUUACACAGGGGUGGAAGUCCGCGGAGGGGGAGAGCGCCAGUGUCGGCCUUCAGGGUCCCGCAGCAGCUCAGCUCAUGGAGCAGAACGGCGGGUGGACCAAAGCGAGUCCCGGGGAGAGCGAAGGCCGUGCCGGGAGCCCUGAGGAGAGAAGCGCCGCGGACGGGGCGAGUCACGAGAGGAGGAGGGUGGACCAGCACGCAUUGCUGCAGAGCAUCGUGAGCAGAACCGAUCUGGACCCGCGGGUCCUUUCCAACUCUGGUUGGGGACAGACUCCCAUCAAGCAGAACACUGCCUGGGACACAGAGGUGACCCCCCGAGGGGAAAAGAAGGCUGACAAUGGGACCGAGGCCUGGGGAGGCUGCGUGGCCCAGGCUUGCGGGGCUGUGGAGCGAGCCAGUCUCAACGGGAGUGGCGACGCCUCCUCUGGGCCGGGGUGGGGAGAGCCAAAAUCUGCGCCGCCCAGGUGGGGGGAUGCCAAGGUCCCCAGCAGCCAGGGGGGUUGGGAGGAGGGCUCUGCUGCUGCUGCUGCUGCUGCCCCAGCCAAAGGCAGCCGGUCCUGGGGGAGUGGCCAAGGGGACCGGCCCGCCCCAUCGCCCUGGAGCGAUGCCGAAAAGCUCAAGCAGGGGUGGGCAGAGGGACCUAAAGCAGGCCCGGGGUGGGGGGCUCCAGCGGUUGACAGCUGGGGGGAGAACUUGAGGAGCAAUCAUUGGGGGGAGGUGAAGAAGUCCAGCUCGGGCAGCAGCGACAGUGACAAGUCGGCAUCUGGCUGGAACGAGCCCAGCAAGGCUGGCUCUGUGCACUGGGGAGCCGCUGGUGGUGGUGGCAGCAAGCCAAGCGCCCGUGCUGGGUGGGAGGAGCCUGCCAAGCCGAGCCAGAGCCAGGGCUGGGGGGAGGCACCCAAGCCGCCCGGCUCCCCAGACUGGGACAGACCGCAGGAGGUGGGGUGCUGGGGUGCUCAGCCCGCCCCCAGCAAGCCCCCAGGCGGGGGGUGGCUGGGUGGACCAGUGCCGGCCCCAGCCAAGGAAGAAGAGCCCACCGGCUGGGAGGAGCCCUCCCCGGAAUCCAUCCGCCGCAAGAUGGAGAUUGAUGACGGGACUUCUGCUUGGGGGGAUCCGAGCAAGUACAACUACAAGAAGGUGAACCUGUGGAACAAGAACUCCCUGGACAGCAGCGGCCGUCCAGACCAGCAAGCACAAGGACAGCAGCAGCUCCUGCCUUCGAGCGCCGUGGUGGACGUGGGAGGCGGCGGCGGCGGCGGCAGCUCCGGUUGGGGGGAGCCCUCUCCUGCACCCGCUGCGGUAGAUAAUGGCACAUCGGCCUGGGGCAAACCUGUUGACACUGGGGCAAGCUGGGGGGAGUCUGUUGGAGACGCGGCGAGCACCAGUUCCUGGGGGCAUGCAUCUGUUGGUCAGCAGGCUUCUCACAAACCUGGAUCAAAGUCUAUGCAAGUUCCAGAUGGCUGGUGUGGGGGCGACAUGCCCCUGACAGGAAGCCAUCAGGCCAGCUGGGAGGAAGAGGAAGACGUUGAGAUUGGCAUGUGGAACAGCAGCUCAGCACAAGACGUGCAUGCUUCUGCACACUGGCCGCUGUACUCAAAGAAGAUGCCUUCUAAGGGAACCAUGAAAACUGGAAACAAGCAAGAUGAAUCAUGGCUCAAUCCAUUUGUCAAGCAGUUCACCAGCCUUGGCUUCCCUAGAGAACUGCCAGAAGAAACCUUGCAGAGCAAUAAGAUGGACAUAUCGGGAGGGAUCUUGCCUGACAAGCGCAUGGAGCUGGAGAAGCACAGCUUGAAUGUUGGCGAAUACAGCCGGGUGGUAGGGAAAGGCCCCGGCUCCCGUCCUCCGAUUUCCAAAGAGUCUUCCAUGGAUCGAAGUCCUUAUUUUGAUAAGGAUGGUCUUGUUGUAGCAGAUGAUUCCCAAACCAUGCAGUUUAUGUCCAGUCAGAGCACGAAGUUCCCCCCUUCAAACAGUGCACUACCUAACCAGGCCCUCCCAGGCUCCCUCCCAGGGCUGGGCAUACAAAACUUGAGUUCUGUUAGACAGAAUGGCAACCCCAGCCUGUUUGGCAGCUCGGCAGCACAGUCCUGGAGCACGCAGCAGUCUCCAGCCCCGCCGCUCAGCUCCUCUCAGCCGAACCCACGUGCUCAAGUGCCUCCUCCGCUGCUCUCCCCUCAGGUCCCCGUCUCCUUGCUGAAGUAUGCGCCAAGCAGCGGGGGCCUGAACCCACUCUUCGGCCCGCAGCAGGUAGCCAUGCUGAACCAACUCUCCCAGUUGAACCAGCUUUCUCAGAUCUCCCAGCUGCAACGAUUGCUGGCCCAGCAGAGGAAGGUGCAGAGUCAGAGAAACGGGUCUGCUGGUGGCCGUCAGGAGCAGCAGAGUCGCUCCCUCAAUAUGCAGCAACAAAUGAUGCAACAAUCUGCUCAGCUGGAUCCAAACCUGCUUAUGAAGCAGCAGCAGCAGCAGCAGCAGCUCCAUCCACCCGCCAUGAAGUCCUUCUUGGAGAGUGCCGUGCCCCAUGCCAACCCGGAGCUGCCGAAAGGACCAUUGCAGAUCAAUGCAUUCAGCAACUUUCCUAUAGGACUGAACUCAAACUUGAACGUCAGCGUCGAUAUGGGCAGUAUUAAGGAGCCACAGUCCCGGCUGAGGAAAUGGACGACUGUCGACAGUAUUUCCGCCAACACAUCAUUUGAUCAGAAUGCCAGCAAAAGCGGUGCUAUUUCGGGUGGCUUCAGGCUGGAGGAAACGCCCUUCGUUCCCUACGACUUCAUGAACAGCAGCAGCUCGCCAGCCAGUCCUCCUGGAUCCGUUGGGGAUGGCUGGCCAUGUGCCAAAUCACCUAACGGUUCUAGCAAUGUCAACUGGCCGCCAGAGUUUCGUCCUGGUGAGCCGUGGAAAGGUUAUCCAAACAUUGACCCCGAAACUGACCCCUACAUCACUCCCGGCAGCGUCACAAACAAUCUGUCAAUUAACACUGUGCGGGAGCCUGACCACCUCAGGGACAGGAACAGUGGGUCCUCCUCAUCUCUGAACACCACGCUGCCUUCAACUAGUGCCUGGUCAUCCAUUCGUGCCUCCAACUACAGUGUUCCCCUCAGCAGCACAGCACAAAGCACUUCUUCAGCCAGAAACAGUGACUCCAAAUCCACGUGGUCUCCUGCUUCCAUGAACAACACCUCGCUGGCUCAUGAGCUGUGGAAGGUCCCUCUGCCACCCAAGAGCAUCACCGCCCCCUCCCGCCCGCCCCCCGGCCUGACUGGGCAGAAGCUGCCCUUGUCCACCUGGGAGAACUCCAUGCGGCUGGGGGGCGUCUGGAGCCAUUCCGAGGCCAGAUAUACCCCUGGUUCGAGCUGGGGCGAGAGCAGCUCAGGGAGAAUAACCAACUGUCUUGUCCUGAAAAACCUCACACCUCAGAUCGAUGGCUCCACCCUGCGGACUCUGUGCAUGCAGCACGGGCCACUGAUCACAUUCCACCUGAACCUCCCCCACGGGAACGCUUUGGUCCGCUACAGUUCAAAAGAAGAGGUGGUGAAGGCGCAGAAAUCUCUCCACAUGUGCGUCCUCGGGAACACGACCAUCCUUGCCGAGUUUGCCAGUGAAGAGGAGAUCAGCCGCUUCUUUGCACAAGGCCAGUCUCUGAGCCCCUCCCCUGCCUGGCAGUCCCUGGGCAGCAGCCAGAGCCGCCUGGGCUCCGUGGACAGCUCCCACGCCUUCUCCAACCGCAACGACCUGAACCAUCACUGGAGUGGCACUGGGCUGUCCGGAGCCAGCAAUGUGGGGGACCUCCACGCCAUGUCCCUGUGGGGGAGCCCCAACUAUUCCAGCAGCCUGUGGGGCUCCCUGGGCGGCGGUGGCGGUGGUGGCGGCGGCAGCAACCCCCGGGGCCUGGGCAGCCCAUCCCCACUCAACGCCUUCCUCUCCGUUGACCAUCUUGGGGCAGGGGGGGAGUCCAUGUAGCCCCCUCUCCUUUUUUCAGUAAACAAAACUGUGACCUCAAAGCAGCACUAAGUUUGGAUUCCCGUCCUGCUCCGCCCCGCCCCGCCCCUCUUGCAGCCUUCAGGGGUCACCUGUGGAAAUGGUUACUUCGUGCACAUUUUCCCCACUUUGUUUUAGCCCAAAACAUACCAGUUUGAAUACUUGAAUCAUGCAGGCCAAUAUUAUAAUGUGAAAAAAGUUAUAGAUUUACACUUCCAGAUAGUGCUUAUACAUAGUUUUAAGAAAACAAAAGAACUACAUAGAGUCAGCUUGCUUUUGUGUGUUUCAUCGUGUGUGUGUGCGCGUGCGCGUGUGUGUGUGUUGGUGCUUUUUUGUUUUUUGUUUCUGCGACUUGCUGAUAAUGUUGGAGUUUGAGCUUGUUUAGCUUUGCACAGACUCGGCCUUUCUCCCUGCCCGGCAAUAUUCACGGCAGGGACCGGGGCAGGAGCGGACGGGUCGUGUCUCCGGGAGGGCAGCCGCUGGGUGCCUUGGGCCAGGGUGUGCCCGCUCUGCCUGGAGCAAUGGUUUGCCGCUGUGCAGCCACCCUGCGGCAGCAAACAAUCGAGUGAUGAGACGAACCGAGGAGGCCAAACGAAAAGACUGUUGCACCUGUUUGCUCGGGAUGAAUUAAACUAAAGAGUGGAGCUCUGCAGUUUCUGAAACUGUGACCUGCAACCUCGCCUGCUAGCCCGGGCCAGGUCCUGCACUUUCAAUAGGCUUUUGGUUGGUUGGUUUUUUUAAUUUGGGGGGGGCUCCUGUAUUGGGGCACUGCCUUGUUUACAGAAAUGUUGCUUUGUUUAUUUGAAAAACAAUGUUUACUCUUCCAUCACUUAAAAAUAUUUUUUAAAAAAACAAAAAAAAAAGUGCGGAUGAUAAGAUGCUUUCUAUCUCUGGGAAUAACGAGCAGUGUUGGCCAUGCUCCGUUUGUGUUUUCUAUUCCCACCUCCUCAAUGGAAGAGCAUGGCUCUCAGGAAAACGAAGGUCCCCAGUACAACUCCUUGUAGUCAUUUCUUAUAGGAAAAUUUAACUUUUAGCACUGAUUACUACUUGCUCUGUAAAACCUCCUUCUGCCAAAAAUAGCUUCAAAUUGCUGGAGUUUGACAUUCUGCUUUCUGAUGCUGUCUUUUUAAUAGUGCGGGGUGGGAAAGGGGGGGCUUUGCUCUUAAUCGCUAGUUUUCCCCCCCCAUACUUGUCAAGGCCCCCCUCCCCCCCCACCCCCUUUGUUCUCCUCGCUCUCAUGCCCAUGUCCAACGUUUAACCUUAAAGCUGAAGUAACUAUGCAGACUGUAACCAAGGUAUUUGGGCUUACAGAGUUUUGUUGUAAAAAUUUUAAAUGUUUAAAGUUCUUGCAAAUACUUUUCUUGUGAAAGUGUUAAAUCAUCUUCCUCUCUCCUUUUUGCCACAAAUGGUAGUAUUAUUGCCUGAUGCUUGUUUAGUUGAAGGAUGAAAGACUAAACAAGGAUAAAAAAUACAUUUUAACUGUGCUGAAAGAUGCGCUCAUUUCAUUGCCUUGAUUCUAACUGUUGUGUCUGAAGAUGCAAAAGUCACCGGUGGCUUUUUAACUGUUUACAAAUAGAGUGUGAUUGUAAAGUGUACAGGUGGGUUGUGUUCGAAUUAUGACGUUUCUCUGGAUAUUAAUAAAUCACGACACUUUGGGCUGCUUAGCGCAGAGCCGUCUUAGUCUGUGACAUCCCUCCCUAAGCAGCAAGCGCACAGUGGGUUGUACGGGGAGGUCAGGAGGACUGGCCCAGGCCGCUCCCGCCCCCACCCCCCUCUCAAAAGGAUGCUUGCAAACAGAGGAGGGUCUGGGGAAAGGUUUAAUGUGGGGCAAGGCUCUGGCCCUGGGUGCCUCUGCUGCAGCUACUCCCGGCCGGCCGGCCUCCUUCCUUCCUUCCUUCCUUCCGAGGUGCUCCUUCAGCUGAGCUUGUCCAGUCCACUGUCCCUUUGCCAACUGGCCGGGCUCCUUGCCGUGGGGCUGCCAGCACUGUGUUCCUCCAAGACUCGCCUCUCCCUACUACUGUGGAAGUUCCACUGUCUGACACCAAACCAAAGCUCUCCCCAGAAGGUCGGCCGACGGUGGAGCCUCAGGACUUUGCAUUGAGUAGAACUGACAGCGAGACCCCUGCGCGGCGGAUCCACUUGAUUGUACUGUUCAAGAGUAGGCAGCUCUGUCUCUGAGCUGCUUGUUGGAAAUAAAAUGUGGUUGGUUUUCAAACACUU